UGACACUGCACCUCCGUAUGUUGCCGUUCUGAACUUUCGUUUGUGUCAAGCACUGUGGUGACCACUUGCAGGCAAGAAGCCGGAGGAAAGACGGAGGCAUGACGUUGAACGGCGCUGGCAGGACAGACUGGCUGCCUUGUCCAGAAGGCAAAUGCCGGGGAGCACCUGAGCCUGAGGCUGCACGUCCUGCUCGCUAGUCCUGGACCUGUCCAGCCAGACUGCCGAUGUGCAUGUGGUGGAAACGGUGGAGCUAGCGUUGGAGAAGCUUUUGUUUGGAACUUCGGAAGAGGAGCUAUCGUUCAAAAGGGCUUGCAAGUGUGCCGGGACGCUUAGCGCUCGUGCAGUCAUCCGGAUGCCUUUCCCACUCGGAUGCUCCUAGACACCUAAGAGGCUUUAGUGAGACGAAGUUUGUUUCUAGCAGUUUGAAUGGGCGUCAGACGCAUGUUAACCUUUGACAUCUGCUGAAAUAGUUGAGAGAAUACUUUAGCUCAUAUGUGUUAGCUAAUAUUUUUAGCUGAACAAAUCGCUAAGCAGGGAAACUCAAGAGAAAACGCCGUGUAUAUACAGCUGUAUCCUGUCUGUUGCCAACGUGCACAAGUGCAGACGCGGUUGACUUAGGGGCGCUUGAGAAGCUUGCGUCUGGUAGCAGCGCUGGUCCCCGCAUCAUAACAAAUCUGAUUGCAAGGAGGCUGACGUGAGUGGCCUAUGUUUGCAAGAGAACGGUUGAAGACCGGGGGAACUCGACGAAAGCAUACAUACCUUCAGGCCCCGUGCUUGCAACGCGUCUUGGACUGGGAGUUAGUCAGGCAAUGUUUUGGUAAGCAAAGAUGUGCAUUCAAAGUUGGCAUGUGAGAACUCGCUGAGUCGCUGGGCCUGGCGCCAGGCAAAGUUACACGAAGCUUGGUCAGCAUGGCUUCUCAAAGAAUGAAACAGGUCCUGUUCUACUGUUUGCUCGCCCUGUUUGGUUUCGGCACCAGCCUCAGCUGCAAGCCAGGCGAUACACGGUGCGGGGGCGCCAGCUUGCAGCCACUGCUGGCGGUUGGUCUAGAGAAAGUGGCGACACAUCUCCAGGUGUCGGCUCAAGUUGCCCGCUCGGUGGCGGAGACAAUACCCACACUGAGUGUGCCGGGAGAGGGCAGCGGCGCAGCAAGUGGAGGGAAGGAUGAGCAACUUGCCACUCUGCUCCACCUCGCCUACUCGGUGUGCCGCCCCUGGUGCGCCGGCAUCGCCGUCCUCGUAGACCACUCCGCCAUCCCUCAGUGGGCGGGAAACUGGUCCCCGCUCUUACAAAAGCGCGCUGAGGGAUACCUUCGCUAUGGUAAUAAACAUGCGCAGGCAAAGCCGGAGUGGCAACUUCUUCCUGGGGGGGAGACUGGGGCUCUCUUUGUGGUGCCCCUUUCCGGGGGCGGGGUGGUUGCAGUGGCGGUGGAUCUGGAGAGCAUGGAGGCGGGGCUGGAGGAACUAGACUGGCGAGGGGGAAGCUUCGUUGUGGCGGAUGCGGAAGGGAAGAUCUUUGCAGCCGUACAUACACGCCCGGUGAUGAACGACCCGGAGGGUGUUGCGGAGGCGGUGCAGGCUUGCGUGUCGCAUGGCUCUCAGCAGUCCAUGGUCGUCCGGCUGGCCGAUGGGGACCACGUGGUGGCCAGCGACAGGCGCACCAUGCAACAGCUGCAGCUGCACGGGGUCCUUAUUAUGCCCUGGGACGGCCCCCCGCCCUCUGCCGCGGAGUCGUCACUUUCCCCAGGGGCCCUGGCGCUGCGCGUCGUGGGGCUUCUGGCAGCUCUGGGGGUCACUGGGUGGUUACUUUGGCUGCUGCACCGGUGCGGGUCGGAGGACGCCCUUAUAACGGAGAUGCAGGGACACCUGGACGACAAGAAGCGGGCGGAGGCGGCCAACUCCGCAAAGUCCAUGUUCCUGGCAAACAUGAGUCACGAGCUGCGCACGCCCAUGGCAGCAAUCCUGCUGGGGCUCGACCUGGUGCUGGAGGCUGACUCGCUAAGCAAGGAGCAGGAGAGCAGCCUGCUGCAGGUGAAGCACUGCGCGUCGGAGCUGCUCACGCUGCUCAACGACAUCCUGGACCUCGGCAAGAUCGAGUCGGGCAAGUUCCGACUAGAGGCGGUAGACUUCGACCUGGCGCACGAGAUCCAGAGUGUGGUCGACAUGUUCGGCAUCCAGUGCGCCGGCAAGGGCAUCAUCAUCGGACUCGAGGUCGCAGAUGAGAUGGAGCGGAUAGUGAACGGAGAUCCGCUGCGCUUCCGACAGAUCCUGGGAAACCUCAUUAGCAACUCCAUCAAGUUCACCCCCCCGGGCGGCAGCAUCUACGUGAGCGCGCGCCAGAGCGUCCUUUCCUCGGACUCCCCCACGCAUCCUCGCUCCCCCGCCCAACCUCCCGCUUCUCCCGACGACACGUCGUGGAUGCAGCGCGCUUCGAACUGGCUACAACGGAGGGACUCGGACGUGGCAGAAGCAACCCAGAACGAGGGGAUGCUCCGGUUUGAGAUCGAGGUGAACGAUACGGGAUGCGGAUUGUCGCCGGAGAAUCGUGAGGCGGUGUUUGAGACCUUCACGCAGGCGGAUAGCAGCACGACCCGGAUGUAUGGUGGAACAGGUCUCGGACUGGGAAUCACUAGGAAGCUAGUAACCAUGAUGGGCGGCACGAUUGGCUUCGUUGACAAGCUGGGCCCCGGCGCGCUCGUCCGCGUCCAGCUCUCCCUCCCCCCCCCCGUCGGUCCAGUUUCCGAGUCCCCCAGUCACGCGCUGCUGCACGCCCCUGUCCCGGAACUGGUGCAAGGCGCGAAGAUCAUCCUUGCAAUGCCCCCCCACCUGAGCCGUCGCCUCGCCGAGAAGUGGCUGCGCGAGCGGCGCUUCGAUUACACGCUCUGCAGCUCCGUGGAUGAGCUCAUGAGCGCCCUUAGCACAGGUACCCUCGUUCCCGGCUUCACUUUUCCCGUCCCCCCAAAAGCAGACGCCGGAACCCCCGUCAGCCCCCUCCACGUCAGCGACCCGUCGGCCCCCCCCAGCCCUGCCACUGCUUCCGACCCCCCCGCCGCCUCGCCGGUACCCCCCGUAGUCAUCAUCGAUUUCGCCAUGGUUCAAGCGGCCGCCCUCCAAAACCCCCCCGACCCAAAAGGACUCAUCCUCAGUCCUACGACCCACCCCCACGGCGCACGUUCUCCCUUUGCGGGGCCGGCGCGGCCGCUUCUGAGCGUUCCGCCCUUGGGCCUCCCCACAGUGUUCGACGCAGAUAGCCCCGAUCCGGAACCGGAACCCGUGCUCGGUCCAGUGGAGGUGAUCAAUGCGAUGGCGCGGUUGAAAGCGGACAUGGGCGCAAAUAUCGUGUGGCUGCUCGACCCAAACACCCCCCCUGCUGUGCGUACCAACCUGGUGAAAAGCCGCGGCUUUGCGCUGCUGGUCUUACGGCCGCUGCAUGCGGGGCGACUCUCCGAAAUCAUGCGCAAGGUGGGAACAGUCCGCGAGCGCCGCGCCCAGCUGAAGCAGGCCCGCGAGAACAUGGUGGGACGCCCCGGCUCGGGAACCCUCCACGAGGCCACGGGCCAGUCGCCGGGAGAGAACCCGGGCGACUUGCAACCCUCCCCGCUCCCCUUCCCGGUCGCCCCCUCGCAGUCAGAAACCAGUGCAGUGGUGAACGGCUCUGUAAAAGAAAGCGCGUCGGUGAGAGAAAGCUCGUCGGCAAGCGUCGAGUCGGGGGAGCGGACCCGGGGCAAGGGGCAGGGGCGGGACCGCGCGCUUGCGGGGCUCACGAUUUUGGUAGUGGAGGACAGCCCGGUGCUGCAGAAACUGGUGACGAGCAUGCUGGUGAGAAUGGGCGCGCGCGUGGAGCAGGCGGGGGACGGGCAGCAGGCAGUGGGCACCGCGGCGGCGCUGCGGGGGAGCGUUGACAUCAUCCUCAUGGACUGCCAGAUGCCUGUGCUCGACGGCUACUCCGCAACGCAGGCCAUCCGAGCCCAGGAGCAGAGCAGCGGCGGACGGGUACCCAUCAUCGCAUUAACUGCGCACGCCAUGCUCUCGGACGAAAAGAAGUGCCUCGAGGCGGGGAUGGACGCUUACCUGAGUAAGCCCGUGUCUCCGGGCAAAUUGUGCGAGACGAUUCUCAGGCUUGUGAAGCGGGAGUUGCUCGGGGAGCCAAGGCCAGCGCAAUAAAGCGACGCACUAACCCACACAUGGUGUUCGAUCAGUAUGUAUGUAGAGCCAUACGACCCUCCGAUUGAAAGCGCUUCUCCCAGGUCGCAUGCUCGGAAUGAGCUGUGUAGGACCAGAGCGACCUCGACGAUAAAGGCUAUCUGCCAGUGAAAAUGAGCUGUCGCUGUGUAAAGAAGGCUUGAGCUUGCUUUAGAUUGGUCCAUGUUAACACGUCCGAGAUAUCACAUACCGCAAGUCUCGGUCGUCACCGGAGCAGGUUAACCCAUUAUAGUACUUUUCUGCUUGGCGCGGCUGCGUGGAAGCUCUCUCGGUCAGUAAAGAUAGUCACGGGUUGUGUAAAGUGAAACAGAGCUUUUAGUGCCAAAGGAGUCGAUCCACCUGCCCGUGUCAGGUCGGCCGUAGCAACAUACAGAUACCCUGCAAUACGGGGUUACUGUUGGAAGGGCUUUUACGUAGCGUAAAUUGAGAUCAGAUGCGCCAUUUUCGUUGGAGUGCGCCCUGGUCAGCCGGCCAAUUAGCUAACGUGUGAUGUAGGGCUUGGUGCUUAGCUAGUUUUACUCUGAUACGGACGGUCAGUUUCCAGUCGGCGACCCUAAGCCCGUGAUCGAUGUACGUGGAGUUUAACUGGGUAUAUUAGCAUGUCCGAUAAGGUCAAUUUCGUGUUUUCUGGCUGCAUCCUGAAUGAUCC